AUGCCACGCCUAAGCCCUCCCCCCUACCCCAACAGGCCCGAAAAAGAGCCCUCGAAGGACGGCUCUUGGCAGCUCUUGGGCUGGCAGCUGGCAGCAGGCGUGUCGACGCUGACGGCCGGAAGUGCCUUGGCCGAGUAUCCCAGCUCGUGCACACGGCUGAGGGCAAGUUUCCAGCGGCGCUUCUGCGCUGCCCGAGCCCGAGCGGGUGAGUCUCCGCUGCUUCACGGAGGGCUUCCUGACCAGGAGCACACGUUUGCUUUUCCGCCACAGGCUGAGAUGCAGCUUGCUACUGCCAAGUGGCGAACGCUUCGGCGGGUUGCGAGGAUGUGGGUUGGUUUGGGGUCUGGUAAAGAGUUUGACGCGGUCGAGCAUAUGUACACCUUUUCCGGGCCCAAGCAACAAGUCAAGAGCAUUCGUGCGCCCCUCCGAGCCGCAACGGUGGUCGGACCCGGAGACAGCGCUGAGCUGACGCCGUCCAGGAGAAAGCCAUCGUCGAUGCAGUCCACGCUCAAAGUGCAAUCCGAGACACAUCGUUACGGAGUAAUGACUGCGGUUCUGAGCGUGGAUUGCAUUGAGGAUGGCUCUCUAAUGGAGAGGGCCUGGGGCGAGGAGGUAGCCACCAUGAGAGGCUUUGACGACGUUGCGGCGGAGCGCUGCAGAGCAUUGCAGCAUGUAGCCCGUCGCCUAGCGGCACGUGGCG